AAAGCUCUUUAUUUUACUAGCUGCUUCAGAGCUUUUAUUAGUUAAGUUUACACAUUGCAAGUCAUGUAAACGCAGUGAUACCCGCCAGCGUACUAGCAAAACAACGGAGGAAAAUUAACUAUGGUCUUAUUUGAGAGUAAAAGCACGAUUAUCGUUAAAAGGAGGCAGGGCAGAGGAUAACAUCACCGCCCACUUGCUAAUGAUAUCAUGCGGCCUCGACUGUUUUGAUUCACAGCUCCGACAGGAGGGGCAGAGAUGGCGGAAGACUGAAAGUCUGGGUAACUUCUUCGAGCUACCCGACUACUGCGGCAAAACUCAGUUUUACGAAAUAAGAUAUUGGAGUUAUCGGGGAAACUGGCUGCUUUGUACGGUACUCGACUCCGCCCGGAGGACAUGGAGAUAUCGGCGGAGGGAGAGGCGGAGGAGCGCAGGAGGGAGCACUGGAAGCUACUGUCCAGCCUGAAGACCACAGUGGAGGGUCUUGUGUCCACCAACAACCCCAACGUGUGGUCACGUUACGGCGGCCUGCAACGGCUCCACAAGGACAUGAACAACAUCCUGAGCCAUAGGCUGAAAAAUGAGCAGGUGUACUACAAACAGAGAGACUAUUGGCCGUUUGUGUGGUGUGUUCGCUACAUCAGCCCCCACCUCGCUUCACACGUUGAACAGUUCAGUCACCUGGAGCCGGUGCUGAGCAGCGGGAUGCAGAGUGCUGGUGAGAGCUACAAGGCUGAACGUUGGCUCCUUCACAGCUUACAGGUUCACAUGCUUUCGGCUCAGCUCCGACCUCUGCUCCGACAUCAGGGGCAUACUCGUAAAUACUAUAAUGAUGAUGCCUUUCUGCUGAGCGAGCCUCAUGUGACUGCCAUGUUCCAGUGUCUGGAAGCAGUGGAGCAGAAUAACCCCAAACUGCUGGCCCAAGUAGACACUGUCGGGCUGUCCCCUCUGAAGGGCCCACUAUGUCUGGGCCUAUUGAAGAGCCAGAGCCUGUGUGUGUUGCCGGGGGUUGGUGGGGCCUGGAGGAACGCUGACUCGGCUCCCAGAGGAGAAUCUCUAAAUCGCAGACUCACCACCUCUAACUGCUCCCUCAGAGAAGCAGUCGCCACUAGCAACAACUCUGGGAACACUACGGGAGUCGGAUCCCAAAACAGCAAAAGCACAAACACUACCUCUCUAGCCAGCAGCCCGGGAGCUCCCUGGAUAUGUGUGUCCCAGCCGGGGGAAAGCGAGCGGGGUGUGACACCCAAUCCUGGCCCUGUCUCAGUCCAUUGCCUCUCCCUCACAGAGUCUCCCUUGUCCACCACCUUUCAGCCCGAGGCCGGGGACUCUGGUGAAGGCGAAUAUGACGAUGGUCCGGAGUACUUAGCUAUUGGUAACCUCGGGCAGCGCAGCCGCUGUGACUCUCGAAGCUCCACCCACAGCAGUGAGCAGGCCGUCCCCAUGGAGCAGUCCCUGCAACAGAGUUCCCUAGCCCCGCCCCCACCCAGACGCUCAUCUUUCUCAGAGGGCCAGAGGGGGCCGGUGCGGGGGUCCCGAGCACACACCCGCUCGUUUUCUGACACAGGAGUCAAUCAGAAACUCAGGAACGGAGGGGGCCACCGAAAAAUCACCAUAAUAAUAGAAGAUCCGGUAGCAGAAUCAGCAGUUGAUGACUGCUGUAUAAAGAACUACAGCCCUUUCUCACCUCAGCGCAAGGAUGCCAGCACUCCCAGUUCCCUCUACAUGGAGUCUUAUGGGUCCCAGUACAGCAGCAGCGUUACAGAUGGGAUGUUCAGGAAGCCGUCAGAGGGUCAGAGCCUCAUCAGCUACCUGUCGGAGCAGGACUUUGGCAGCUGUGCUGACCUUGAGAAGGAGAAUGCUCAUUUCAGCAUUUCAGAGUCCCUUAUUGCUGCCAUCGAGCUGAUGAAGUACAACCUGCGGCGUCAGGAGGAGGAGGGUGAGGAGGAGGGAGACAGCGACUCUGAGAUUCAGCAGCUCAAACAGAAGAUCCGCCUGCGGAGGCAGCUGAUCCGACGCAGCCGCCAGCCGCCCUGCGCAACCUCCCAGCACCUUUUCCACUCCACUGACAGCGGAUGCUCCCGGAGGAGCUCUCAGGACUCCUGCGAGGGCCUGUCUGACUCCGGCUCAGCUGAGGAGGUGGAGGAGUGUGAACUACGAGAUGGCUGUGAGGGUCAGUCCCUGUUGGCGGUGUCUCAGAACGGCCUCUCCCUGUCACUCGCCUCCCUCUUCUCAGAUGCAGACAUUAAGCGCAGAGUAAGCUCCAGCAGCAGGUCUUUUCUCAGCUCAGAGUCCAUCUCUCCAUCCUUCCUCCAGUCUAACUCGGCUGAGUCAGUAGCCAUGGGUUUACUCAGGCAAUUUGAGGGCAUGCAGCUUCCUGCAGCCUCGGAGCUCGACUGGCUGGUCCCAGAACACGACGCUCCACAGAAGCUGCUGCCCAUCCCUGAUUCUCUGCCGAUCUCGCCUGAUGAUGGCGAACACGCAGACAUCUACAAGCUGAGGAUUCGGGUCCGAGGCAACCUGGAGUGGGCACCGCCCCGACCGCAGAUCAUCUUCAACAUUCAUUCCACCCCCAAGAGGAAGAUAGUUGUGGCUAAACAGAACUACCGCUGCGCUGGCUGUGGCACCCGCAUCGACCCAGAUUAUAUCAAGCGACUGCGUUACUGUGAAUACCUCGGCCGUUACUUCUGCCAGUGUUGCCAUGAGAACGCGCAGGCGGUGGUUCCCGGACGAGUGCUGAGGAAGUGGGACUUCAGCAAGUACUAUGUCAGCAACUUUGCCCGAGACCUGCUGAGCAAGAUCACUGGAGACCCACUGUUCAACCCCAAUGACAUAAACAGUGGCCUGUACAAGAAGAUCAAAGCUCUGGAGGCUGUCAGGGUUUUGAGGGUGCAGCUGUUUCAUAUGAAAAAUCUCUUCAAGACCUGUCGCUUUGCUAAAGAGGUGCUGGACCAGUUCGACAGCCUGCCAGGUCACCUCACAGAGGACCUUCACCUCUUCUCCCUCAGUGACCUCACUGCUGUGCGCAACGGGGAACUGGCUCCCCGAAUGAAAGAGCUGCUUAAACUUGGUACCACGCACGUAGCUUGCUGUGUGCUGUGCCAGGCGAAGGGCUUCGUGUGCGAGUUUUGCGGCAACGACAAAGACAUCAUCUUCCCCUUCCAGCUGAACAAGUGCCAGCGCUGCGAAGAAUGUAAUGCCUGUUACCAUCGCAGCUGCUUCCGGACAGGUAAAGACUGUCCUCGAUGUCAUCGGCUGGCAGAGCGGAGAGAGAGGAUGGCGCGCAAAAACAUGGAGGAACAAGAAGACGAGGGAGGUGGGCCCUAGUGCUGCUCACAGAAGAAACUCUAAGACAAAAGAAUAGCACAACGCAACCCUGAUUGUAGUCACUGAUGUUCCAGUCCUCUCAGACCUGGGUGACAAUACAGCAAACCAAUGUUUUGAUCUCUAGAGAUUGCCAGGCGUGCGGGUUUUUACUACAUCAGGGCAUCAGUUGUUUUUGUUUAAUCUGUUUGAUUUAAAUGCUUUUAGUGUAAGCUAAGCCCCUUUCACACACGCACUUUGAGUCGAUUGGAGUCGAUGUUCCGUGAAAAUGUUGUGACUUUUACAGAGAAAUUGCCCAGGCUUCGCAAAUUUCUAAUCAGGAUUUCCUUAAGGAAACAUGGCUUUAAAAAUAUUCCAAAAUGUUUUCAUUAACUUGAGAUUUGAUUUCAUCCUGAAAAUUGAAAUCCUAAAUAAUUGUUUGACAUUUCCCUGCACAUAAGAAACUUUAUGACUUUGGUGACUGCUAGUGGAAGUAUCAAAAAAGACAUGGUGACAAGUGUGUGACAAAAGUGUGCGAAAAGGGCUUGAGAUUCACUAAAUGUCUUGGCACCAUGUUCCUCUGUGGUAAAACUAAUAUAUUUGGGAUUUAGGUAGAUCAGGAAGACUAUUGUAACCAGGUUUUGAUAUUUCUCCUUGCUACAAUUGCAGAUUCUGGCAACUGCUUCAACUGUUAAUUUUAUUGGCUACCGGCUUAGCUGAAGUUUGUUUUUGUGACCAAAAUAGCAGGAUCUAUUUAAAAAAAAAAAAAAAAUCAAAUGGCAAGUAAAAAGACAUUUUUUUUUAUUAUU